AACCUCGUUAACGGGACAACCUGCGGUCUGCCUCCUCUGAGACAGUAAGGCGGCUCUGCGUUUAAAUGAUACAGACACUACUAAAGGAGUAGGAUGCCAAGCUGCGGGAUAAAUCUGCUGGAGUGAGCACAACUAUGCAAAAGACAAGAUCGCUUGUUUCUACGGAUCAAUUUCAUAUAUGUGGGAGAACGUCUUUUUCUGGACUUUGAAUUGAGUUAUGUCUAAUGGGCGAACACAAAAUUGGAUUUCCGCUGACAAAGGGGGCAAGAAAACGAAUUAAGCGAGGAGUUUUUAAUCAUUAGUUUUCAAGGAAGUUGAAAGAAGCAUAAGAAGAAUCAUAGGUCACAGGACUGUGAUUUGACGGAUAGUUGUCAAGGACCUUGAUAGUCCUCUACACAUUUCAACAACCGAGCGAACAAAUGCAGAGAGAAAGAUGCAUUUGGGUAAGGCUUUACUGUUUGUCCUCCUCCUCAACUGCGCGACUUUGAGCUCGUCCCUGUCAACUUGUGCCACUGUGGAUAUUGACCACGUGAAAAGGAAGAGGGUCGAGGCGAUACGGGGUCAAAUUUUGAGCAAACUCCGACUGACUAGUCCUCCACACUCUCUUGGACCGACUAAAAUCCCCUAUCAAAUCCAAGCGUUGUACAACAGCACCAAGGAGCUACUGGAGGAGUUGGGGAGGGAUCGGCAGCAAAGUUGCGGUCAAGACAACACAGAGACAGAGUACUAUGCCAAAGAGAUAUACAAAUUCAACAUGGACAACAGACCGCAAGAGAACAACGAUCUGUCUUACUGUCCAAAAGGCAUUACUUCCAAGGUUUUCCGUUUCAACGUCGCCACUAUGGAAAGGAACGCAACCAACCUGUUCAGAGCAGAAUUCCGGGCGCUGAGAGUUCCGAACUCAACUGCCAAGAGGAAUGAACAGCGGAUUGAACUCUACCAGAUUUUGAGGAGAUAUGAACACAUUAGAAAACAACGCUUCAUUGGAGCCAAGAACGUGCUCACCAAAGGUACUGCAGAAUGGAUUUCCUUCGAUGUGACCGAAACAGUGCGGGAAUGGCUAAUGAACAGAGCAUCUAAUCUGGGUUUGGAAAUCAGUGUCCACUGUCCGUGCCACACCUUCAACCCAAAUGGUGACAUCAUUGAGCAUGAAAACGAGGUCCUGGAGGUCAAGUUUAAAGGUAUUGAUGAAGAUGAGGAGCACAAUCGCUUGGAUCUGGAUCCCUUGAAGAGGAAAAUGGAACCAAAUCUCCCUCACCUCAUCCUCAUGAUGAUCCCGCCCCACCGCCUGGACAUUCAGUCCACACGCCGACGCAAGAGAGCGCUGGACACAAACUACUGCUUCUCAAACACCGAGGAGAGCUGCUGUGUUCGCCGGCUCCACAUCGAUUUCCGGCGUGAUUUGGACUGGAAGUGGAUCCACGAGCCCAGUGGUUAUGAUGCCAACUACUGCUCUGGGCCCUGCCCUUACCUGAGGAGCUCAGACACAACGCACAGCUCGCUGCUGAGCCUCUACAACACUCUGAAUCCGGAGGCAUCCGCCUCCCCCUGCUGUGUCCCUCAAGACCUGGAACCCCUCACUAUACUCUACUACUCUGGACGGACACCUAAAGUGGAGCAGCUCUCCAACAUGAUUGUCAAGUCUUGCAAGUGUAGCUGAGAGGAGAUGAAUGUGAGGCAGUGUGGCAGGAUUUUACUCGGUACAGACCAAACCCAUGCAUGACUUUUGGACUUUUAGCUGUGACAAAUACUUAAACUGUGGCCUCAUGGCUUAGAUUUGAAGACCACUCUGGAGGUCGCACAUUUUUAAGGAUGCAGAUUUUCUCAAAAAAAACCCCCCAAAAAACAAAAACAACAAAAAACUUGAUAUCCUAAUUUUUCCUGUUUCUCCCGAUUCAUUUUGGUUGACAGCUUCAGUAGUUUAAUUUGAAUCUCGAGCCAAAUUCAACCCAAAUUAAAGAAAUAGUCCCCCAAAAUAAAUGACCUUAAAAUAUUCCCAUCUAUAUUUGUGAGGACUUCAGAAGCUAGAUUGCUGAGAGCACCUAUUUGUGACAAAAUGAAAAAAAAAAAAAAAAAAAAAAACUACAGCUGCUUUAUUGACAGUUACUCAAAGAGACUUGUGUUGCAGUAUUUCUGUGUAAAUCUUUCUUGUCUCUAGCCUUGAUUUUACAUUGUUAGUCGUCACAAAUAUAGACAGGCCUCUUCUGUCAGGCUGGAUUUUUCCUUGAACUUGCCUUAAAUUCCCUUUACUUCAAACAGUGGGCAUUAUCUUCAAACACAAAAGGAGAAAGGACAGACUUGCUGCUGUAUCCAAAGCCAUAGCUGUGGUCAGGAAAAAGGAGAGCUGAGAGAGAAUGCCUGCUGGAUUUGCAAUGGAAAGUCAAUGAACAAAGAAGGUUGAGCCAAGCUUUUUCUUUUUUUGGCCAGCCAGCAGCAAUGACCUCUUUUUUUUUUUUUUUUUUUUCGGUGAAUCUAUUAAAACGAAUGGAAGAAGGAGAA